CGGACCCUGCGCCUUGGUCACCCCCCUCCCCAUUCCACCAGCACCCCCCCACCCCAUCGGGACCCUCUCUCCGCCUCUUGGUCACCUUCCCUUCGUGCCCUAUUGGGUCCCUGCCCCAUCAGCCCCCCUGUCCUGCCCCUGGGUCACCCUCUGCCCCACCGGGACCCCCUUCUGUCCCUUGAUCUCCCCUCCCCGCCCCAUCAGGUUCUACCCCCCGGCCCCCGAUCUACACUCUAACCCUUGCUCCCCUCUCUUAACCCCCCCCCAUCUGGAUUUCACCCCCUCCUGCCCCUUGCUCACCCCUUCCACCUUGCUCCCCACCCCCAGUGCUUUACAUCAGGGGCCCUUGCUUUGGGGUGUGAGGGGCUGCUCAGGGAUUGCUGGGGCUGCUUUUCCCUCAAGUGGAAGGAUAUUGAGGAUGUAUUGGAAGAAGCAAAGAAGGUACCCAGGGUUUGUCUUGCCAUGUCUGGGAGUUCAUCCAGUUCAAGGUAUUCCCCCAGAGGAACAAUGCAGUGUUACUUUAAAGGACCUGGAUGCUGCAUUGCCACUUAUAGAACUCUAUAAAGAUAGAUUGUUGGCAAUCGGAGAGGUUGGACUAGAUUUCACUCCCAGAUUUGCCAGCACUGAUGAACAGAAGCAAGAACAAAGACGAGUCUUGAUCAAACAGAUUCAAUUAGCGAAAAGACUGGAUUUGCCUUUAAACGUCCAUUCUCGUUCAGCUGGAAGACCAACCAUUAACCUCCUAAAAGAACAAGGUGCUGAAAGGGUAUUGCUUCAUGCAUUUGAUGGGAGGCCAUCUGUGGCGAUGGAAGGAGUGAAGGCUGGAUAUUUCUUCUCCAUUCCUCCUUCCAUUGUAAGAAGUGAACAGAAGCAGAAACUUGUGAAACAGUUGCCCUUAGAAUGUAUGUGCUUAGAAACCGACUCUCCUGCACUAGGUCCUGAAAAACAGGUGAGAAAUGAACCAAAGAAUAUUUUCAUUGCUGCAGAGUAUAUUGCCAAAAUGAAAGGAAUCCCAGUGGAAGAAGUUAUAGAAGUGACGACGCAGAAUGCACUGAAACUGUUUCCCAAACUUCAGAAAUUUCUCUGGAAAUAGACCCAGACAUGUUUAAAAUUUGCAAUUACAUUCUGUCCCAACAGCUAACAUGUGCAAUAAAAAAAAUCCGUCUUG